UUGAAGAAGUUUCAUUGCAACAUCAUUCCCAUUUCGCCAAUGAAAUGACUUCCUUAUGACCCAAAAAAUAAUAAUUUAGAAAAAAGCAAAACUUUUUUUUCAAUUUCAACCACUAAAUUCCCAAUUCUCUCUUUCCUCCACUCAAUAAAAACCCCCUCUUCCUCCCUUCUUCCCCCAUUCUCUCUGUUUUUCAAAAAAAAUACUCUUCCCCAUGGCCACCACCAACGCCACCGCCGUUGUCCAUUCCUCUACCACAACCUUCGUCGAAGCUGACCCAUCAACAUUCCGAUCAAUCGUACAAAAGCUAACUGGAGCACCCCACCACCCACCGGCGGCGUAUCGGCUGCAGGAACGGCGGCGGAGUAGCAAGAAACUGGAGUUGGAGUUGAACACCGGAUACACCACGACCGGAGGAAUUGGAAACGGGAUGGUGUCGCCGGUGUCUACGUUGGAUUUUAUGGGGUGUGGGAGUCCGUGUGAAGAGGAAGAGAGAGCUAUAGCGGAAAAAGGAUAUUAUUUACAUCCGAGUCCGAUUAACACUCCGGGAGGAUCUGACCCGCCUCAUCUUUUGCCAUUGUUUCCUCUUUCUUCUCCUUCCAAUUGUAAUAACAGAAAUUAUUAUGUUUCUUCUUAAAACUCUUCUCUCUUCAGUCAUAUAUUGUUAUUUCAUUAUUACUAGUGAUUUGUGUAUGUGAGAAUCUAUACAAUUUCUGUUCCGGAAACUCAAACAAUAUUGAAUGAGAAAGCUAUUAGGAUUAUUGUCUUCUAGUAA